CGGAGUGGUAGCGUGAUGGCGGUGGUCGAGAGGACGUAGGAAAUAGCGACGGAGCAACAGAGCACUUACCAGGGUUCUCCCUACCCGGUUUGGGGCCCUAUUGUUCAAGCCGGUGGGGGCUGCAGGCGAGCCCACUGCGUGGGGCUGUAAAGAGCCGGCGGCCCAGGCCUUGUACUGGUCGCAGGAGCAGUCUUCGACCCUAGGUUGCAGCACAGACCUCUUUGUGGAGUGUAGCGCCGUCUCGGACCAGGGCAGACCUAGGAAAGUCUGGGCGAGUGCACACACGCAGGCAAUUUUGGAAAAAUCUUGCAGAGAACAUUUGAGUCAUCUGGAAAAGAGAGUAUCGAGAAGUAAUUUCUUGGCAUCUGCCUUCUAACCUGAGUGGACUUCUAGUUAUCUUUUAAACUUGUUAAUAUUUACAAUGAAUGGGCACAGUGACGAAGAUGUAAGAAACAGUAGUGGAGAAUCAAGUCAGUCAGAUGAUGAUUCUGGGUCAGCAUCAGCUUCUGAAUCUGGUUCAAGCUCUGGAAGCAAUAGUGAUGGAAGUAGCAGUCAAUCUGGUAGCAGUGACUCUGAGUCUGGUUCAGAGUCUGACACAUCUAGAGAGAAGAAACAAGUUCAAGCUAAACUCCCACCAAAACUUGAUGGAUCUGAGUUUUGGAAGUCCAGUCCAAGUAUACUUGCUGUGCAGAGAUCAGCAGUGGUCAAGAAGCAACAACAACAGAAGGCAGCCUCAUCAGACAGUGGUUCAGAAGAGGAUUCAUCGAACAGUGAAGAUUCUGUAGAUGACUCUUCCAGUGAAGCCAAGAAGAAAAAACAUAAAGAUGAAGACUGGCAAAUGUCUGGGUCAGAGUCAGUAUCAGGAACUAGUUCUGAUUCUGAAUCAGAGGAAGAUAAAGAGAAAAGCAGUUGUGAAGACAGUGAAUCUGACUAUGAGCCAGAAAACAAAGUCAAAAGCCGGAAACCUCCAAGCAGAAUUGAGCCAAAAAGUGGCAAAAAGAUUGCAGGACAGAAAAAGAGGCAGCUUGAUUCGUCAGACAAUGAUGACUAUGACAAGAGAGGAUCUCGUCGCCAGGCAACAGUCAAUGUUAGCUACAAAGAAGCUGAAGAAACCAAGACAGAUUCUGAUGACUUGUUGGAAGUUUGUGGAGAAGAUGUCCCACAGCCUGAAGAAGAUGAAUUUGAAACUAUAGAGAAGUUUAUGGAUAGUCGAAUUGGCCGAAAAGGAGCCACUGGUGCUGCAACCACCAUCUAUGCAGUUGAGGCAGAUGGUGACCCAAAUACUGGGUUUGAAAAAUCAAAGGAGCCAGGAGAAAUACAGUAUCUUAUUAAAUGGAAAGGCUGGUCACACAUCCAUAAUACAUGGGAAACUGAGGAAACACUGAAGCAACAAAAUGUUAAAGGAAUGAAGAAACUGGACAACUACAAAAAAAAGGAUCAGGAAACAAAACGCUGGCUGAAAAAUGCUUCUCCAGAAGAUGUGGAAUAUUAUAACUGCCAGCAGGAACUUACAGAUGAUCUACAUAAACAGUAUCAAAUAGUGGAGAGGAUAAUUGCUCAUUCAAAUCAGAAAUCAGCAGCUGGUUAUCCAGACUACUAUUGCAAAUGGCAAGGUCUGCCUUACUCAGAAUGUAGCUGGGAAGACGGUGCUCUCAUUGCCAAAAAAUUUCAGACAUGUAUUGAUGAGUAUUUUAGCAGAAACCAAUCCAAGACUACUCCAUUUAAAGACUGCAAGAUUCUAAAACAGAGGCCGAGGUUUGUUGCACUAAAGAAGCAACCAUCUUAUAUUGGAGGACAUGACAGUUUAGAGUUAAGAGAUUAUCAGUUAAAUGGACUGAACUGGCUUGCCCACUCAUGGUGCAAAGGGAAUAGUUGUAUUCUUGCAGAUGAAAUGGGUCUGGGUAAAACAAUACAAACAAUUUCUUUUCUGAACUACCUGUUUCACGAACAUCAACUGUAUGGGCCUUUCUUGCUAGUCGUGCCACUUUCUACCUUGACAUCUUGGCAAAGAGAGAUUCAAACUUGGGCUCCUCAGAUGAAUGCUGUGGUUUACUUAGGAGAUAUAACUAGCAGAAAUAUGAUAAGAACUCAUGAAUGGAUGCAUCCACAGACCAAGCGAUUAAAAUUUAAUAUACUUCUAACAACUUAUGAAAUUUUGCUGAAGGAUAAGUCAUUCCUCGGUGGUCUGAAUUGGGUAUUUAUAGGAGUUGAUGAAGCUCAUCGUUUAAAAAAUGAUGAUUCCCUUCUGUACAAGACUUUAAUAGACUUUAAGUCUAAUCAUCGUCUUCUUAUUACUGGAACCCCUCUGCAAAACUCCCUUAAAGAGCUUUGGUCUUUGCUGCACUUCAUCAUGCCAGAAAAGUUUUCUUCCUGGGAAGAUUUUGAAGAGGAGCAUGGCAAAGGAAGAGAGUUCGGUUAUGCAAGUCUUCACAAAGAACUUGAACCAUUUUUACUCAGAAGAGUAAAAAAAGAUGUAGAAAAGUCUUUGCCUGCUAAGGUUGAACAAAUUUUGAGGAUGGAAAUGAGUGCAUUGCAGAAGCAAUAUUACAAGUGGAUUUUAACCAGGAAUUAUAAAGCCCUGAGUAAAGGUUCAAAAGGCAGUACCUCGGGCUUUUUGAACAUUAUGAUGGAACUCAAGAAGUGCUGUAACCAUUGCUACCUCAUUAAACCACCAGAUGAUAAUGAAUUCUAUAAUAAGCAGGAAGCCUUACAGCAUUUAAUACGUAGCAGUGGCAAACUAAUCCUUCUUGACAAGCUACUGAUUCGCCUACGAGAACGUGGCAACAGAGUACUGAUUUUCUCUCAGAUGGUGAGGAUGCUAGACAUCCUAGCAGAGUAUUUGAAGUAUCGUCAGUUUCCCUUUCAGAGACUUGAUGGAUCAAUAAAAGGGGAAUUGAGGAAACAAGCCUUGGAUCAUUUUAAUGCAGAAGGCUCAGAGGACUUCUGCUUUUUGCUGUCUACCAGAGCUGGAGGAUUAGGUAUAAACUUAGCAUCUGCUGACACUGUAGUUAUAUUUGAUUCUGAUUGGAAUCCACAGAAUGAUCUGCAGGCACAGGCUAGAGCUCAUAGGAUUGGACAGAAGAAACAGGUUAAUAUUUAUCGGCUAGUUACAAAAGCAUCAGUAGAAGAAGACAUUCUUGAAAGAGCCAAGAAAAAGAUGGUGUUAGAUCACUUAGUAAUUCAGAGAAUGGACACUACAGGGAAAACUGUACUACAUACAGGCUCUACUCCCUCCAGCUCAACACCUUUUAAUAAGGAAGAGUUAUCAGCAAUUUUGAAGUUCGGUGCUGAGGAACUUUUUAAAGAACCUGAAGGGGAAGAAGAGGAGCCUCAGGAAAUGGAUAUAGAUGAAAUCUUGAAGAGGGCCGAAACUCGAGAAAAUGAACCAGGUCCACUGACUGUAGGAGAUGAGUUGCUUUCACAGUUCAAGGUGGCUAACUUUUCAAAUAUGGAUGAAGAUGACAUUGAGUUGAAACCAGAAAAAAAUUUAAGAAACUGGGAAGAAAUCAUUCCAGAAGUCCAGCGGCGACAAAUAGAAGAGGAAGAAAGACAAAAAGAACUUGAAGAAAUAUAUAUGCUGCCAAGGAUGAGAAACUGUGCAAAACAGAUCAGCUUUAAUGGAAGUGAAGGGAAACGCAGUAGGAGGAGAAGAUAUUCUGGAUCUGAUAGUGACUCAGUCUCAGAAAGAAAACGACCAAAAAAACGUGGAAGACCGCGAACUAUUCCUCGAGAAAAUAUUAAAGGAUUUAGUGAUGCAGAGAUUAGGCGGUUUAUAAAGAGUUACAAGAAAUUUGGUGGCCCACUUGAAAGGUUAGAUGCUAUAGCUAGAGAUGCUGAGCUAGUUGAUAAAUCUGAGAUAGACCUUAGACGUCUGGGAGAACUUGUACAUAAUGGAUGCAUUAAAGCUUUAAAGGACAAUUCCUUUGGCCAAGAAAGAGCAGGAGGUAGAUUUGGGAAAGUUAAAGGCCCAACAUUCCGAAUAUCAGGAGUGCAGGUGAAUGCAAAGUUAGUUAUUUCUCAUGAAGAAGAGUUGGCACCAUUGCACAAAUCCAUUCCUGCAGAUCCAGAAGAAAGGAAAAGAUAUGUCAUCCCAUGCCACACCAAGGCAGCUCAUUUUGAUAUAGAUUGGGGUAAGGAAGAUGAUUCCAAUCUGUUAAUAGGUAUCUACGAAUAUGGCUAUGGCAGCUGGGAAAUGAUAAAAAUGGAUCCUGAUCUCAGUUUGACACAAAAGAUUUUACCUGAUGACCCAGAUAAGAAACCACAGGCAAAGCAGUUGCAGACCCGUGCAGAUUACCUCAUUAAAUUACUGAAUAAAGACCUUGCAAGAAAAGAAGUGCAAAGACUUACUGGUGCAGGCAAUUCAAAGAGGAAGAAAGCAAGAAGUAAGAAGAAUAGACCAACAAAGACUGCAAAAAUUAAAGAAGAAAUAAAAAGUGACUCAUCACCACCCUCAGAAAAAUCUGAUGAUGAUGAGUAUAAUGAGGAUGAGAUUGUUUCAGUGAAAUGUCCACAUAAAAAAAUAAAAGCAGAAGAAAAUGAAGAAAAGCCUGAGCCAGAUAUUGGUAUAAAGAUGGAAUCUGUGGAAAAAAGAGAGACAAGAGAAAAAGAAAAUAAGCGACAUUUAAAAAGAGAGAAAAAAGAGGAUAAGAACGAGUUUAAAAAUAUUAAAGAAAAGAGAGAAAGCAAACUAAAAGAAUCCACACAGAAAGAAAAAGAAGUAAAGGAAGAAAAGGCAAAUGAACUCAAAUCUGAAAACAAAGAAAAAAAUAAAAAAGUUUCAUUGUUGGAUAUUCCAGUUCAUAUUACUGCAACUAGUGAAACAGUUCCAAUAUCAGAAGAAUCUGAAGAACUGGAUCAGAGGACAUUUGGUGUGUGCAAAGAAAGAAUGAGGCCUGUUAAAGCAGCAUUGAAACAAUUGGAUAGACCAGAGAAAGGCCUUUCUGAAAGGGAACAGCUGGAGCAUACUAGACAGUGCCUAAUCAAAAUUGGGGACCACAUUACUGAAUGUCUAAAAGAGUACGCAAAUCCUGAACAAAUUAAACAGUGGAGAAAAAACUUGUGGAUUUUUGUCUCUAAGUUUACAGAAUUUGAUGCCAGAAAGCUGCACAAGCUUUAUAAACAUGCAAUCAAAAAACGCCAAGAAUCUCAGCAGCACAGUGAACAGAAUAUUAGCAACAACAUGAAUACACAUGUUAUUAGAAAUCCAGGUGUUGAAAGACUGAAGGAGAAUACAAACCAUGAUGACAGUAGCAGGGAUAGUUCUUCUGAUAGACAUUUGUCACAGUACUAUGAUCAUCAUAAGGACAAGCAUCAGGAAGAUGCUUAUAAUAAAAAUGACUCAAGGAAAAGGUCCUAUUCAGCCUUCAGCAAUGGAAAAGACCACAGAGACUGGGAUCACUAUAAACAAGACAGCAGAUACUUAAGUGAUGGUAAACGUAGAAAGCUGGAUGACCACAGGAGCAGAGAUCACAGGUCAAACCAGGAAGGAAGUUUAAAAGACAGUCGACCUCAUGCAAAUCACCGUUCCCAUUCAGACCACAGGAUACAUUCAGAUCACCGUUCCACUUCAGAGUAUAUCCAUCAUAAAAAAUCUUCCAGAGAUUAUAGGUACCACUCAGACUGGCAAAUAGACCACAGAGCUUCUGGUAGUGGCCCAAGGUCACCAUUAGAUCAGAGGUCUCCUUAUGGGUCAAGAUCUCCUAUAGGACACAGAUCUCCAUUUGAACACUCAUCAGAUCACAAAAGUACACCUGAACAUACAUGGAGUAGCCGGAAAACAUAACAAAGACUGACAUUUUCUGGACCAUCUUUUAGCCAUAUACAGUAAACUAACACAGUAAUUGCCUUAUGUGACUUGAAAGUUAUGGACUGGAUAUUGUUAGUCACAGUAUUGUUACUUCUUUCCAGGAUGCAAGGUCUAUUAUCCCAACAAUAGAAAAAUAUUUUUGUAUUUAAAAUUUCUGCUGCACUGUGCUGCAAAUGUUGGUGGCAGGUGUUUUCUGGGGGUUUUUUUCCCCCUUCUUUAAGAAAUGAAAAAUGUUUACUUUUACAGGGACCUCAACACUGCCCCAUUCAGACUGAAUCUCAUAAAACUGGUUUUAGGGUGAACAUAGUUUAAAUUAUGUUUGCAAAUGAGAUUUUAAACACAGACCUGUGAUCAUGUUUCAGGGAGAAAUGAGGAGGAGCUUUUUUGUUUUCUUAGUAAGGAAUUCUCAAGGACAUUUGUUCACGUUUCAAAGCUAUUUAUUUACAUUGUAUACUGCAGUCACCUUGCCACUUUGCAUCACAAGCUUGAAUAUUUCUGUACCUAUAACUGUAAAAUAGCCAAGAUUUCUCCUGUUUGUGGUCAGCUGUAAUAAUGCUUUUUUUCAAAAUAAAUCGCUGAAAGAUAUUGCAAACUAAUUAAAUGAGAUUUUUUUUUGCUUGUUCCUUUCCCUACCUACUCAGUCUUUCUUGUCACAGAGUCAAUAUACUAACACUUUUUAAUAAAAAUCUUUUUAUGAAAUCACUGUUUAGAAUGCAAAAAUGGGGAUGGGAACCUUUUUAUUCCAUUUAGUGCCCCUUUUUUAUUGGAUGCUUCAGAUACAUGUUUUGGUUUUGUUUUUCUAUUAAACUGACAAUAUUGUGAUUUGUUGUAAUGAAAUGGGAAAUAUUCAGCUAAACUGUGGUCUGAAAAGUUUUUGUGUACACAGGUUUUAAAGAAGGCAUGUUCAAUAUCUGAACACUUUUGAAUCCAAAUCAGACAAAAUUUAUUGGAAAUGUACUGUUUUUCCUCUUGAAAUGGGCAAUAAUGUCAUAUGUGCUAUGCAGACAGUUAAUAUUUUAGAUUUGAAUGACUUUCUAUUACAAGAAUUAUUACAAUAUACACUGUACAUAGAUAACUUCUGUUUGACAAAUUAAAUUUUAAAUGAAAUGUGA